UAUGUCUUUUUUAGGUCUGUUAGAUUCAGGGGCGACCCAAUCCAUAAUCGGAAGAUCAGGUUGGGAAAAAUUAAGUAAUUUUAAGUUAGAUUUAAAAUAUAGUAAUAGUUCUAUUAAGGUAGCAAACGGAGAGCACUGUCAACUUUUAGGUUUAAUUAAUUUGCCGAUAAGACUUAAUAGUAAAGUUAGGGUUAUACAAUGUCUAGUAACUCUAGAUAUUGACGAGGAAAUUAUUUUGGGGAUAGAUUUUUGGCGGGACAUGAACAUUGUAUCAGAUUUUGCGGCCAACUCGUGGAAGUUUAAGGAGGAUAUUCCGACUGUAGGAAUUUCCUGUAUUCAGUCGAUUGGUGAUAAUGAAACGAGACGUUUGAAUAAAUUAGUUUCGUCUUUCUUUAAUAAAAUGGGGACCGAGCUAGGAUGUGCAAAAGGCGUUAAACACAUUAUCAACACGGGGGAUGCCGCGCCCAUUAAACAACGCUAUUAUAACGUGUCACCAUAUAUCCAAGAAAUAAUAAACAAGGAGAUAGACNAAGCCGACGACCAACUUCGGCUUUUACCCCUUUGUUUUGUUCUUCCUUUUAACCACUCAUCUACAACUGGUCAUCCAUUUCAACGAUCUUCCAACGUUUUUGCCGAGUCGACGAUAUCGACCCACCACCAUUUUGUGUACUCGCCACGACCUCGUGCCGAAUUGCAGCUCACCGAUCGCAGUGCCUGCCACAACCUUGUCAACUACUUGGACCCGUGCAGUGAUUCCCUAGGUUUCCUGUACCCCUUUAUGGUUCCAGGUCGGGGAUUGUACCAAUUCAAGCGAAUGCCUUUUGGAUUGCAUAACGCUGCUGCUACCUGGCAACAUUUUGUAGAUAAUGUUCUCGGUGCAGAAUUAGAACCGUCCGUAUUCGUGUAUCUAGAUGACAUAAUUAUAGCCACCCCCGAUUUUGAUACACAUCUUUCUGCCUUAGAGAAAGUAUUCGAAAAACUCCUGUCAGCCGGUUUAACAGUCAAUAAAGAAAAAUGUUCGUUCAUGCGCCCAAAAUUAAAAUAUUUAGGUUUCGUUGUGGACAAAUAUGGACUGCACACGGACCCUGACAAAAUCGCUAGCAUGUUAGGUUACCCCGUACCGAAAAACGUCAAGGAUGUGCGUAGAUUCAUAGGAAUGGUAUCUUGGUACCGACGAUUUAUAUCUAACUUUGCCACUCGCAUUGCGCCUUUAGUCAGGCUGACUCGGAAAAAUCAACAAUUUAUCUGGAGCCCCGAAUGCGAAGACGCUUUUAAAGAUGUAAAGCAAUGUUUAAUUGAGGCACCUAUCUUAACGUGCCCUGAUUUUAGUAGGGAAUUUGUGUUGCAAACGGACGCGUCUCAAGUGGGACUCGGAUGCGUUUUGACUCAAAACCUCGACGAUGAGGAACGUGUAAUAUCUUAUGCAAGCCGGUCUCUUACACCCCAGGAGAGAAAAUAUUCGACAACGGAGUUAGAAUGUGCCGCGGUAUUGUUUGGGAUCGAAAAGUAUCGACCUUACAUAGAAGGGACGCGGUUUAAGGUUAUCACGGACCAUUACUCAUUAAAAUGGCUCUAUAAAUUAGAAAAUCCAUCUGGUAGGCUGUCGCGUUGGUCUUUACGAUUACAAGGUUAUGAUUUUGAAGUAAUCCACCGAAAAGGGAAAUCUCACGUGGUUCCCGACGCACUCUCGCGGGCCGUCGCUUUCGUAGAUGUUACUCGAGCGGAUGAGGACACGUGGUACACUGACCUGAGGCGUAAUAUUUUGAAUCGUCCGGAUAAGUACGCGAAAUUCAAGAUAAAAAAUGAGAGAAUUUAUAAAUUAGUGAAUCUCGGACAUCCUACUUUCGAAGAAGAGAAUGACUGGAAGCUGAUAAUUCCUAAAUCAUUGCGUAAAAAAGUUCUGUAUGAAUGCCACGACGAUCCAAGUUCAGGGCACUUAGGCAUAUUUAAAACUCAAAAGCGCGCCGCAAAUUUAUAUUUUUGGCCUGGAAUGAAUACGGAUAUAGCAAGAUAUGUUCGGGCCUGCGAAGUAUGUAAGGCUCAGAAGCCCGACCAACGGUUACCGUUUGGGCAGAUGAGCCCAAGGCUUGUGAGUCGUCCUUGGGAAGUCAUUUCAACCGAUUUUAUUGGUCCCUUGCCCAUGUCGCGAAAUAGAAACCGGUUCAUUUUAGUCGUUUGCGAUUUAUUUACCAAAUAUGUGCUUAUGUUCCCUCUUAAGUCGGCCACUAGUACCGAUAUUUUCUUAAUUUACGGAGUUCCGGAAAUAAUUAUAUGUGUUAACGGGCGUCAGUAUGUUUCGAAAGCUGUCAAGGAUAUGGCUCGCUCGUAUGACUGUCGGAUAGUUUACAAUGCGAACUAUAGUCCGCAGGCUAACCCUACCGAACGUGUAAAUAGAGUGCUGAAAACCAUGAUUAGAUCAUAUGUUGGCGAAGAUCAUAGAUCUUGGGAUGUCAAUUUAGGAAAGUUAGGUUAUGCUUUGAGAACUGCUGUUCAUGAGGUGACAGGAUUUUCUCCCGCGUUUUUGAAUUUCGGGCGCGUGCCGGUGAUCUCAGGAAAAAUGCACAGUAUUGUGGGUGAUACCGACCAAAUAUGUUUUGAUGAUAGACUAAAGUUGUCCGAUCAUGUAAAAGAAGUUCGGGAAGUUUUUACAGACGUGAAACAAAAAUUACAAAAGGCUUAUGGCGACGCUUCACAAAGGUUUGGAGAAUACGAUUCAGAAGACCCUGCUAGGCAAAUAUUUACCCCCAGAAAACGGCCCUCUAUUAAAACCACCAAUCCAGAAGUGAACAUUGCAGUUUCAGAUACAAUCAUCUGUAGAGACGACAGGCUAAUAGCACUUCAGGAACAGGUAGCGGCAAAUUUGUCGGCUAUUGGGUUGGUAUUAACAAAUCUGUUAUCGGAGACUAAUAUCAACAAAGCAACAAUAUUCAGCGCUUACAUGAUGCAGAUACACGACAUAUGGAACAUAGAUGAAACUGGGGUGGCUACGGUGCAAAAACCGAAUAAAGAAAAGGAUUUAAGCAAGUUUGUGCUAUAA